AUGCUUUCAGAGAUUAUGUUCGCCACCUCGCUAAGAUUUAUGUUGGACGUUCUAAGAGAAUCGGCAUUGGUGUAUCCGGCACUCUGUCUGGAGAAAGUUGGUGAGGCUACGUUUGGAUCGGGAAAAUCCAUAGGUGAUGAGGUCCAGAAGAAUACCGAGUUAGAUCGCGUGGAAGACGAUGUCAAAGCAUUUUCCAGCUGUGCCAGUCACAGUCUGACAUGGCACAGUGCAUGUGAGAGCGACUCUGAUUGUGUCUCUUAUCGAAGUGCUGAGUCAAGCUUGAACUGUACGACUGCGUCGUCGUUUUAUCAGGAUGUGAUUGAACCAAAUUCUCUGGAACAAACACUACUACCGGCAGAGCCACUCGGUCACGGAAAUGGCAUUGAGAAACCUAAAGGAUUUGUGAGAGAAAGUAAAGAAGAUAAUGUCAGCGUUAAGAACGACAAACCUCCUCUUCGCGAUGUCGUGUCGUCAUUCGCUGACGAAAAUUCUUCCAUUGACCAAAAAGCUCACGAUUUAAGAGUUAUUAACGAAUCAAUCGAGAACACUUCAAAUUACAUGAGACGUUGCUGUUUAAGGAAGGAUUUGAUGUCGCUAGGCGUCCUCAAAGGCGUCACUUUGGUGUCUAAAACAAACCAUCCUGCCUUGAGUCGUGAGUUACAAAGACUGGUUGAAUGUGAGGCCAGAGAUCGCGUUAUACAAGAAGCAUCAGAUGACGCACUCGAUCGGAAGUGUCCGAUUGACUUACUCUUUGACUGGUUUGAUGCUUCAAAAGAUCCACAAGAGCUGACAAGAAAGCAAAGCUUGCUACGUAUUUUGGUUCGGAAUCGCAACUUGACGGAACCAAUGUGGACACGCCUCUUACCCUGUAUUUCUAAAGUUCUGGAAGUGCAACCUGUGGACUGUGGUGAUGAAAAGUCCACGAAAAGAGAAUCGAAUACUAAGAAGCGUAGAUUAACGGAUAUACUAAUGAGAAGAAGAAGCAACACCACUAAUUCGUCGUGUGAAUACGACAAGAAGCAGUCCUGUUCGUUCUCAGGAAGCCCGGCGCCGUCGGAUCCUGAUCAUGGAGAGAGGCUGAAUAGUACAACAUUGGCGAUCGAGAGCAAUUCUUUCGCAUCCGAUGAUCUUCUGUUGAAAACGGUGGCUCCAAUGCCGAAAAUGAAAACAAGGCCACGGUCGAUAUCACGACAUCGUGCAACUACCCUUGCUUUAAUUCCACCAAAUGAACGAAGUUCUCAGACGAAUAAAACACCAUCGGUUUUUUCAGAUCAUAAUACUUCGGCAGUUUUGCCAGAGUCAACUACUACGUUAGCUCCUUGCCUGGAUAAAGGAAAAGGUGAACGCCUCGUUUGUUCUGGACGAUUUAGACUUGGGCAAUUGUUUCAAACAUUGGAUCAUGACUCCAAUGAAAUGUUGUUAGUUCAUACACGUAUCGUUUUAUCUACAGCAUCUGUUCCCCCUACUUCGGUUAUACGGCCUGUUCCAUCUUCUCCAAUCCCACAACUUACCCUUUCCGCUUCUGCUCCUCCUCCUGUUCCGUCUGUUCCGAACCCACUGCCUGUUCCACCUCCACCGCUCCCACCAGUAUUGGAAAAGAUACAGAUCGGUGCUGCAACUCUUCCACCUCCGCCUCCACCGCCACCGGGUAUUUUUGGUCAACCUGCUUUAUCAUCAUCGACCCCUCUACCUUCACACCGUUCUGCUCGCAGCGAUGAAGUUUAUCCGAAGAUGAAGAGGACUUAUUCGUUAUUUUGGCAAGCCGUUAGUCAACACGAUAUCACUAAUGUGCAUACGGUUUGGAACGAGUAUCCGAGACCAGAAUUUGGUGUUGAGGAACGGGACCAUGUGCAGUCAUUAUUUGAAAGAACAGAGCCAAAUAAAUCCCGAUUUCUAUCUGAGCGAAAUGGUAUGAACGGGAAUUCGAGCUCCGAAAUUGUGUUUCAGCUACCGCAGCAAAAGGCUCUCAAUCUGGAGAUAUUGCUUGCCAAACUUCGUCCACGGACUGUGAUGGACCUUGUUGUUCAGCUAGAGUCAAACAAUAUGGAAGAAAUUCCGGUGGAAAUUCUUUCUUCUCUACUGAAGUAUUUUCCCACAGAUGAAGAGAUGCUCAUGUACAAGAAAGUUAGUCGAGAAGAAGUGAAACGUAAUUGCGACGUUUUGUGCUGGGAGGCUGCCUCAAGACCAGCCUUGAAAAUGAGGUUGGAGCUUGCAAUCGCACGCGAGCAUAUCCUCCAGGAUCUUGCACGUUAUUUGGAGUCAACGAAGAGAUUACGAACUGCAUGUGAUGCGCUACGUUCUCCUGUGCUCAUUCGUCUCUUGCACAAGUGUUUGCAGUAUGGAAAUUUUAUUAAUCAAGGCACUGCGAUUUCGAGAGCUGUGGGAUUCUCGUUUUCAUCGCUGCUUUCAGUAUUGACAGCGAAAGGAAGGCGGGACAAUGCCCCAAAUCUUCGUAUUGUGGACCUUCUUGCUCAGUACGUGGAGUUCGAUGUCGCAACGCUCCAAGGUGUCGUCACUUCUUUGCAAAGUGCAAAAUCAGUCGUAUUGGACGACGUGGAAGCAGCUUCCAAAGAACUAAGUUCUUCGGUCAGUCGUUUGCAGCAACAUCUGGUUACAAAAGGAGCUGAAGAUGUAUCCUUGCUUCAAGCUUACCAGCCCUUCUUAGAGGAUGCAGAGUUAAGCAGUUCGAACUUAGCCGCUCAACUACAAGAUCUACGUGCAGUCGAGGCAUCGUUGCAGUUGUUCUUGUGCGCAAAUUCUAUGAAACUGGAAGGCAUUGUAUCGACUACAUUGGAAGCUUUAGCGAUGUUGUCGGAGUCUAUAAAGACUUGUUCUCGUGCGAAAUUGCGGUUAUCAAGUUGUCAGACGGCUGGUCGAGAAUCACUCACCCUGCGGCGACGAAGUUUUCAGCCGAAGCCACCGAGUUUUGAUGAAAUGAGGCAAAAGUUUUUACAAGCAACUAACCAGUGA